AUGGCUUCCGGGGUUUUCAUACCCGCGGAUUACGAUGAGGUGCCUGUAAUGUCUGAGUCACUUACACCUCCCCCUCCUUCUCCUGCUGUUUCUGAGGCUGAGUUGGACUCUGGAGCUGUUGCUCCUUCUAACCCUGGCUCUCCGCUGUCUUCCCCACCUGUGUCUGAUGCUCCCCUGCCUGCUCCAAAUGCUCCUGUACCAGCUCCACAUGCUCCACCCCCUCCACCUGCUGGCAAUGCUCCCCCACCUGCUCUCCGACGUAGCCGUCGGCACAAACGGGAGAUGCCUGUUGUGAUUCGCAGGUCCCGCGAUAACACCCCAGAGGACGAGGUGACUCCACCUGUGGAUCCUGCUCCUGUGGUGCCUACUGCUGGCACCGUAGACCCUCCUCCUGGAGUUGCGCGCCCACCCCAUGUCCGUAAAGAGCCACCUGCCCCAGUACGGUCCAAGGUGAUCAAGCCACAGCGCAAGAAUGUGAAUAAGGCGCAUUACGAGAAGUCUGUGGCCAUUGCCAAUGCCCAUAAACAGAAGCGUGUGCAGCAGGCCGAGGUCAUCGAUGCCAUCCAACAGGAUAAACAGAUCCCUACGUUCUCCAAGAGCUUCCAAGGUGCUUCAGCAAAGGAUGAGCGGGCAGCAGCCAUUCAGUAUGAGUAUGAUACAAGAUUGCUGUAUUGUGCAAAGACCAGGAGGGGGAUAUGUGAGAACUGCCCUCAGUCAGUGGCUCCAACGUCCACCUGUGCAGCUGGGCGUACCAUCAUUCUCUGGCGACCUCAGCCAACUUCGCAAGCAGAUGGUUCCCAGCCUUCAGUCCAGUUCACGUGUAUCCAUUGGGACUGCCUUUCAGUUGAUGCACGUAAGCGCUUUUACCUGGCUCCUGUCAGGCGACGAGAAAGGCGACUGGGCGAGGAGAUGAAGACCAAUAACCUGCAGAACCUGGAUGUGUCCAAACUCCGUCCAGCAGACCUGAGGUAUGUUCUUGACGACAUCAGGGACUGCCACGAUGGUUGUGGUCAGCAGGCGAGAAGCCUGGCACGCGAAGAGACCAAGAAGCUGCUCACUGCGAAGAAGCUCACCAUAGACAAGCAUAGGGCUGAGUACCGCAAGACGCGUAGUGAGGGGCAGAAGAUCAAGAUGGGUGCUACCAAGACAGCAAAAUCUGGAGGUCUGGCUGCGAAGCAUCGCCUCAAGUGGGAGAAGAGACAGAAGGCAAAGGAGAAGAAUGGUAAGGGCAAAGGCAAGGAUCAAGGGGAGGAUGAGUUCAUGGAGGUGGAUGAUGUGGACAAGGGUGAGGGGUCCAGCAAGAGGAAGGAGGCUGAGGAGGAGCCCUCCACUGAGGAGUCAGAUGAUGAGCCUAUGCAGGGAGGCAGGGAGUCCUCUGACAAUGACUAUGUGCCUGAGUUCUGA